AGCGUGAGACGCCCAAGCUAACAAAGCUAACAGCACUUAAAGCGAGCUUCGCUCCGAGGCAGCCAUGCCCAAGCGCAAGGCCAAUUGGUGGCCGCCAAGCAUCCUCUCGGACCCAGACGUGCUGAGCGUGGACGACGAGGGCCGCUUCGUGCUGUGCAAGAUCUGUCAUGUGCACUACGCUGUGCAUGGCGGCAAGAAACCCAAGCCUGUGAUUAUGAACUCGAAUUUCCGUACUCGCGCAUGGGACGUGCACAAGGAACGCACCAAUUCACAUCGUCUACAGAAGCAGCAGGAAAGGCUUCAGCAGGCCAAAGCACAGGCCCAACAACAGGAGGCAACAGCCACACAGGGACAGCAGCAGCAACAACAAGGACAAGCACAGCAGCCCGGGACUGAGCA